GGGGUCUUUCCUCGUGUGUGGUUGUGUGAGGGUCAUGCAGUCAAUCUGAUCUUUAUUCUUAUUCUUAUAUUACUAUUAUUGUGUCGUGUAAUUUUACUGUCGUUUCUGUGUCGUGAUGAUGGGCGGACGGAGUAGCACUCUCGCGGCUGGUGUGGGCGCGGCGCUGUUUGUCGGUUACUGCAUUUAUUUCGACAGAAAGAGACGAAGCGACCCGAACUACAAGAACAAACUCAGAGAACGAAGGAGAAAGCAGAAAGCAGUUCAUGAGAAAGAUGGAUUAUUCAAGUUACCAGACUUAAAGGACGCAGAAGCCGUGCAGAAGUUCUUCCUGGAGGAGAUUCAACUUGGAGAAGAGCUGCUGGCACAGGGAGACUAUGAGAAGGGUGUGGAUCACCUGACCAAUGCGAUCGCCGUGUGCGGUCAGCCGCAGCAGCUCCUGCAGGUCCUGCAGCAAACUCUUCCUCCUCCAGUCUUCCAGAUGCUCCUCACCAAACUGCCCACUAUCAGUCAGCGAAUCAUCAGUGCUCAGAGUGUCAGUGACGAUGACAUCGAAUAGACGAAACUUGCACAUGUUCUGACCCUCCCUCCAUAUGACAUCACUUCCUGUCUGCUUUCAGUCUACAGUCACUUUGUCCCGCCCCUUUAAAUCCAUUGAAAUCAAACACUGAAUGCACACAUCUGAUCUCUAAAGGGUUUGUGUGUUAGAAGUCUCGUCUAACUGUAGCUGACAGAUUUACAGUUUUGUCUGUAAGAGGUGACGCGUUUAGUGUAUUUGAAUGACUGCAAACAUCGAUAUUUCCUUUGUUGUUCAUUUUACUAACAAAGUAUUGCUUUUUUUGGUUUUGUUCUCAAAACAAUGAAAUAUGCAACAACAGAAAUGCAUCUAUAAAAUGUUAUUGUUCACCUGCUCUCGGCCUUAGAUUCUCAUAGACAGGAUGUUUACAGUGUCAUCUACUGACACAGACAACAGCCAGCGAACGAGUGCGUGAUUCAUACAUAUAUCUGCGUUCAUGAACUGAAGUUAUUUCUAAAGAUUCUCAGACAUCUUGUGUGAUAUUGUGGUAUAUUAGAGGCACUUUUAAAUGUGCUUUGAUUCGGUUUCCUGUAGGGGAAGAUUACUUUUUUUUUUUUUACCUAAAAUAAAAUGGAUAAAUCAAUGUAUCACAUCAAAAAGUGUCAAAAUCAUU